AUGCUUGUAAAACAGACUUUCCUAUUAAUGCCAACGUUGUUUGAGACACUGGAAGUAAGUGUUGAUCUUAUUUUCCGGAAACAAAUUGCUGGGAUUAGAAGGAUUUUGGUUGGGGGUGCACCACUCAACGCAUCCCCCGCAUCUCCUCGUGUCGUAUUAAGCGCUUUCAAUGGAACUGUUCAGACAUUCUUCGCGAAAUACGCAACUGAACCAUGUCGUCUGUCUACAAGAGUCUGGAAGAUCAAGACAAAGAGGCUACGGACUACUACCAUGGAAAAAGGAUACCGAGAACCCCGUUUCCAUACGAAAGGCUGCGAGGAGUUUGGGAUUAACUAUGAUCGCUUACGACGAAGAGAUCGCAACUCUUUGGAUUGGGCUGGCGUUCCUCAGACUGCUGACGCAAAAGGAACGCAGCCGAAGCAAUACUUCAACGCAGCCAACCUGAUCCUGAUCUUCCACAACCAAAGCUCUCGAACAUGUGGCCUUAUCGCUUCCUCGAACAGAAUAAAGGAUUCGUUAGGCAGCCGCAGCAACGAGAAGUACUGGAACAGCGGAAAUUGGGCGGAGAUAAGACAGGCACAGCAAAUUCUGAAGCAACCUCGGCUCCCCGAACACAUUCCGAGUCCUGAUUCGCUGAGGGCAAUCGCCCCUGCCGAGUAA